AUGGAGAACCUUCCAGGCGACGUUUUAUCAAAAAUAUUCAUCCGCUUAUUAGCGAAACAGCUUGCACAAAUGAGAUGCGUUUGUAAAACUUGGAAUGCUAUCUUAUCUGAAUCCUCCUUUAUAAAAUCUCACCUACAUCAUUCAAUCCAUAACAACGAUGAAAUUCUCUUCUUCUUUAAGAAGAAUACGAUUAUUUUUAACUGUUUUUCUAGUCCGGGUCCAAUAACAGCACGCCCCUCUUCUUCUCCACGUCUCGAACUCACGAAUUUCAUUAAACUUAAAUUCCCAAUUAAUCCCCAACAUAAAAACCCCUCGGUCACUGUCAUCAUCGGGUCCGUGAAUGGCUUAAUAUGCUUUAGUUACUCAUCAAAUCAUGAUUAUUUCAUUUGUAUUUGGAAUCCUUCUCUCUCUGCGUCCUUAACCCUCCCGCCAUCUUCUUUGCCCUACACUAGAUACUUUCUGGCAUUUGGUUAUGAUCCCAAAACGGAUGAUUACAAAGUUGUUAAACUUGAAAACAUACCGUAUUAUGAAAAACCUAACAUCAACAUGGUAACACAACCACUAGGUGAGGUGUAUAGCAUGAGAAAGGGUUCAUGGAAGUUAAUACCUCAAACGAUUCCUUCCUACAUCAAACUUUUCAUUGGCCAAAAUGAAGUUUGUUUAAAUGGCCAUCUUCAUUGGCUUUGCCUAACUGAUUUGGAAGUUAGUCCACGGCCACAAACGAUAUUGACAUUUGAAUUGGGUGCAAUGACAUAUGGUCAGAUACCUCUUCCGGAUUCUGUACAACUAGAUCAACAUCUAUUCCGCGUAAAUACUUUGGGAGUUUUGGGUGGAAAGCUUUGUUUGAUGUCGUCCGCUAAAGAUGGUGAAUUUGGUGUGUGGGUGAUGGAUGAUGAUGAAUCAUGGGCGAAGCAUCAUGUCUUUUCCCAGUUUAGUUCUUGUAUAACUCCAUAUGGAUUCACAUCACACAAGGAGUUUCUUUUUCAAGUUGGUGUUACUUGUCGUUUUGCUCUGUAUGAUCCUGUUGCAGCCAAGACUAAAAUCUUUAAGAUUAAGAUGAGGCCACCAGUAGUUGACAGAUUAAUAAUUUUCAGGUACGUCGACAGUCUUGUUUGGAUAGCACCUAACAGUCGAUUAAAAUUGGCUGGUUGA